AUGGGUAAUUGUUUUGUAUCAAAACCUAAAAAAGAAAUUCAAUCAGAAGAUCAAAGCCCUGGGAAGGAAGCUUUAAAUUUAUUUAAAUAGAAAUAAAAAAUAAAAGAAGAUACUAUUACUGAGCAAGUAAAGAAUGGAGGGACAUUGUUAAAAUAAGAUUCUAAACAUGCAUCAGAUGUAAUCUAAGGUUAAGAUGAUGUAAGUGUUUCAUAAGAAAGUAGCAUAUAAAAUAAAGAAAUGAAAAAAAGAAUAAGAAAUUUGUAAAUGGGAUAUUAUAAAAAGAUGAAUUUGUGGAGAAUGUAGAGAAAAUAGAAAAAGAAAAGAAGCCUCAUGAUUAUUAGGUUAUUUUGAACGCUCUUGGUUAACAUUAUUUUUUUGCUCAUAUUAGUGAUUAACACAAGUAAUAAUUUAAUUAUGAGCCAAGAGAAGACAUUGUAAUGAAAAUGUUUUAUUGCAGAGUUACAGCAAAUGAAUUUGUAUUUUAAUAAAAUGAUUAAGCCAGCGCCUAUUUUAUAAUUGAUUAAGGAGUUUGUGAGAUAAUAAUAAAUGGGGAAGUAAAAAAAUAAUUAUCAACUGGAGAAGGUUUUGGAGAAUUAGCAUUAUUAUAUGGUGCUCCUCGUUCAGCAUCAGUUAAAACAAAAGAUGGUAAUUUUUUAAAUAUAAAAUUUUAGAGUGUUUUUUUUGGUGUAUUGAUAGAGGUACUUUUAGAGCAGCAGUUGAAGAAUUAGUUUAAAAAGAGUAUGAUGAAAAUAGAAAAUUUAUUGAUUCAAUAAAAUUUUUUGAAUGGAUGACAGUAGAUUAAAAGGAUAUGAUAGCAGGAGCGAUUAUUACAUAAUAAUUUAAGAAAGGUUAGGCUAUAGUAAAUGAAGGAGAUAUGGCUAGUUCAUAUUUCAUUAUAAAAUCAGGAAUGGUUAAAAUAAUGAAAGGAGGCAAUGAAUUAAGGUAAAUGUCUGCAGGAGAUUCAUUUGGAGAAUAAGCUCUAUAUUAGAAUUCUGUUAGAGGAGCUUCUGUAAUUGCAGUUGAUGAAAAUGUUUGUUGUUUAGCUAUUGGAAGAGAAACAAUUACUAAAAUUUUGGGUGAUAAAAUAUAAGUGAUUAUGUACAAUAAUCUUCUAAGAUGGAGCUUUGAAAAAAAUUAAUUGUUAUGUAAAUUAACAAAAAUUUAAAUUGAAAAAAUUGUGACUAAAAUUGAGACAGUCACUUAUGAAGCAAAUUAAAAGAUAUAUACAGCAGAUUAAACAUGUGAUAAAUUAGUUAUUGUUUUAGAAGGAAGGUUAUGCAAUGUAAGUAUAUUAAAUAUUGAAAAUUAAGAAAGAUAAAGAGAUAGCUACAAAAGGUUAAAUGGUUGGUGAUUAAUUUUUACCAAUAAAAAAUAGAGACAAAUUAGUUCCUUAUGAUAUUUUUUUAAAAGAAGGGGGAAAGGUUGCACAAAUACGUUUUGAUUUAUUUUUAGAAUGUAUAGGAGGUGAAUUAGAAUAAGUAAUUCAAAAGAAUGAAAACAAUCAUGAAGUGAAAUAUAUGUAGAGAUAAAUUUCAAAAUAAUAAGUGGAUUAUCUAAUUUUAGAAGAUAUGGUGCAUAUAAAAAAAUUAGGAUAAGGAUAAUUUGGUUCAGUUUAUUUGUGUAAAAAUAAAAAAGAUGGAAAAUAGUAUGCUUUGAAAUGCAUAAUAAAAAAUUAAAUAGUAGAACAGCAUUUAGAGAGUCAUUUAACAUAAGAGAAAACAGUUCUUGAAUAGAUUCAAUUUCCUUUAAUGAUGAGAUUUUAUAAAUCAAUGUAAGAUGAUAAUUUUAUCUAUUUUUUGGUGGAAUAUAUAAAAGGUUUGGAAUUAUUUGAUGUAAUAAGAGAUAUAGGAUUAUUAAAUACUUAUGAUUCUUAAUUUUAUAUUGCUUAGUUGUUACUUUGUAUGGAAUAUUUGCAUUCUCAUCAUAUAGUUUACAGAGACAUAAAGCCAGAAAAUGUAAUGGUAGAUCAUUAUGGGUAUAUUCGAUUGAUUGAUAUGGGAACAGCUAAAAUCUUGAAAGGCAAGGGUAGAACAUUUACUGUGAUAGGAACUCCACAUUAUAUGGCACCAGAGAUUUUAAAUGGAAAAGGUAUAAUAAUAAUAAUGCAAUAAGGUUAUUCAUAUUAUGUAGAUAUGUGGAGUAUAGGAAUAUGUCUAUAUGAAUUUAUGUGUGGUGGAGUUCCAUUUGCAGAAGAUGCAGAAGAUCCAUAUGAAAUAUAUGAGGAAAUCACUAAAAAAUAAAUAUCUUACCCUAAUCAUCUCAAAGAUAGAAAGGCUAAAAAAUUUAUAGACUAAUUAUUAAAUAAGACUCCAGAAAUUCGUUUAGGAGGAAGUUAUGCAGCUUUGAAAGCCAAUACAUGGUUUGAUGGAUUAGAUUGGGUAUUUGUGAUAUCAUAAUAUUAAUAAUAGGAUAAAUUAAUGGAUAAGGAACUAAAACCUCCUUACAUUCCACCAAAGGAUAGAUUAAUUGGAGAUAAAGAAAUUGUAUCAAUCGAGAAAUAAAACAAAAGUAUUUAGGGAGAAAUCAAAAAUGUAUAAGAUUUUAUAAUACGUAGGAUCUUGGUGAUAAAAAUAUUUAUAAGAAGGAAUUAGCUAAGGAUCCUCAUUGGGAUGAGAAAUUUAAUUGA